CGCUACGCAAUCACAAUGCGCGGAAUUCAAGUCUCGCAGUAUGUCAAGGGACCCGCCGAGCUCGGCGUCGCCGACCUUCCCGACCCGGAGCCCAAGCCCGACCAGUAUCUGAUUGCCAUUCACGCAUCUGCUUGCAACUUCUUCGACCUUCUGCAGAUCCAAGGAAAGUACCAGCACCAGCCACCGCUGCCUUGGGUCGCCGGCUCCGAAUUCUCGGGCGUCGUUAUUAAAACGCCCACGGCCUUACCAGGGAACCGUACGCCCAAGUACAGAAUCGGCGAUAAGGUAUUUGGAGCUGCGCAGGGUGGUUAUGCCACCAAGGUUGCGGCUGAGGAGGAAAGACUUCGGCCAGUGCCCAAGGGCUGGGGCUUCUUCGACGCAGCAGGCCUCUUCGUCACGGCACCUACCAGCUAUGCUGCCCUAGUCACGCGCGCCAAUAUAAAGAAAGGCGAUUGGGUUCUUGUCCAUGCAGCGGCUGGCGGCGUGGGCCUUGCAGCUGUGCAGAUAGCAAAAGCGUUCGGCGCCACGGUGGUCGCGACGGCUGGCACCCCGCACAAAGCGGAGGUUGCACGAGCAUUUGGCGCAGACCACACGGUCGACUACAGACAGAAAGACUGGCCCGAGCAAGUCAAAAAGUUGACGCCGAAGGGCAGGGGCGUAGACAUUGUGUACGAUCCCGUGGGUCUGAUUGCUCAGUCGAUGAAGUGCACGGCGUGGAAUGGACGGCUUCUGGUUAUUGGCUUCGCUGCUGGGGACAUUGAGAAGAUGGCGACGAAUCGCAUCUUACUCAAGAACGUCAGUGUGGUUGGGCUUCACUGGGGCAUGUACGCGACGCAUGAGCCGGAAACGGUCGAGAAGGUGUGGGCCGGGCUGUUCGAGUUGAUGGAGGCGGGCAAGUUCAAGGGCACCUGCUUCACGGACAAGGAGUUUGUCGGGCUGGAGAGCGUGCCUGCGGCGCUGGCUGCUCUGGGAGGGCGGAACAGCUGGGGAAAGGUGGUUGUUAAAGUGCCGCAAGAAGGACGGAGCAGAAUGUAGGUAGGAGUAGGUAGUGACACAAGGGUGGC